CCUGUGAACUGCCCGUUGGGCUCGGCGGCGCCUUCCCUAGUUCCCUUCCCUCGCACAAGACAGGCGGAAAGGAAGCACCUCUCUCUACUACCAAAUCCCAAAUCUUCGAGACAAGAGAGAGACAGAGAGGUUUUCCCUGUGCUCGGGCGAUCCAGCAGCCAUGAAUAUCUUCAAGAAGAAGGUUGACCCCAAAGAAGCUCUCAGGACAAGCAAGAGAGAGAUGUCAGUGGCCACAAGAGGAGUUGAACGAGAGAUUGGGUCCCUGCAGAUGGAGGAGAAGAAGCUGGUUGCCGAGAUCAAGAAGACUGCUAAGACAGGAAAUGAGGCAGCAACCAAAAUUCUAGCUCGGCAACUUGUCAGGCUUAGGCAACAAAUUGUCAAUUUACAAGGAACACGGGCACAGAUACGUGGAGUAGCUACUCAUACACAGGCCAUGUAUGCGGGCACUUCAAUAUCUGCUGGAAUGAAAGGUGCAAGCAAAGCAAUGGCAGCGAUGAAUAAGCAAAUGGAACCAGCAAAACAGAUGAAGGUCAUGAGAGAAUUCCAGAAGCAAUCAACUCAGUUGGACAUGACGCUUGAGAUGAUGUCUGAUGCCAUAGAUGAAACACUGGAUAAAGACGAGGCUGAAGAGGAAACAGAAGAGCUCACGAACCAGGUUCUGGAUGAGAUUGGAGUUGAUGUGGCUUCGCAGCUGUCUUCCGCUCCUAAGGGGCGUAUUGGGUCCAGUAACAAGAAAGCCGAGAGUAACCAAGCACGGAAUGCGGCUCCAGCGAGAAACGCGGCACCUGAAUCCAAUGCUGCUGAAGUUGACGACCUGGAGAAGAGACUGGCAUCUCUUCGCCGCAUCUGAGCUGCUAGAAAAAAAAAUUAUAUGGUAUCCCCUACAUAUGUAAAUCCGUUGAUGUGUUGUAGUCAGGAAACAAGCUACAUGUGACAUAAUAGAACCUGGAAUUUGUUUGAUGCACCAAAAGAUUUCUGGAGUUACCAACCUA